AUGGCGCGCCUGUGGGGGAUGGUAGGCGCAGGCAGGGGCGCGGCUCUCGCCCCUGUGCGGUCCAUUCAGCUGCUGACGCAUGGCGGGCAGGGAUUGGCUGCGGUUGCGCACGCAGAUGGCGUGGUGAGGGUGUGGGAUGUUUCGAGGAAGGUUCGCGUGGCGACGGUGACGGUGGCGGCGGAGUGGGGGCCGGGCGGAGCUGCGGCUGCUGCGGGCGCGGGUCAGGCAGGGGGGAGCCGUGACGGCGCAUGGGCCGUCCAGCAGAUCCUUCUGCGCCCCGCGCCUGGCCCCACUCGCUCCGCGACCACCACCACGAGCGCAGCUGCCGCCACCCAGUCUCUAGUGGUCAUUACCACUUGGUGCCCCCAGCAGCAGCAGCAGGGCAGGCAAGAGAGCAGGCAGCAGCACGCGGAGAUGUCCCCCUCCCCUGCUGGUCUCAUCACCGUUCACUCCCUCCGUCUCCGCGUUCCCCCUGACCCCGCGCGCGCCUCCGCCUCCGCCUCCGCGUCCGCCUCGCUCCGCCUGGCCGCCUGGAGCGCGCUGCCCCGCGCGCCCACGGCGCGCAGCUGUGACUAUGGCGCGUGGGACGGUGACAGCAGAGGGGAAGGGGACGAGAGGGGUGGGGGUGAGAGGGGGGCGGGGGCGGGCGGGGCACGGCCAGCAGCUGGCACCCAGGGGGAGGAUGAGCACGAGCAGCAGGCGGGGGAGCGAGCGGGGGAUGAGGGGGAAGGGGAGGGUCAGGGGUUGUGGAUCAGAGACGUCCGCGUGCUGCUCGCUGCCGGUGCUGGUGGUGGGGGGCGGAGGGGCAGAGGGGGCGGAGAAGGGGCGGGCGGUGGGAAAGAGGUGGACGUGUGGAUGCUGCUGCAGGAAGGGCGUGAAGGCACAGGCACAGGAACAGUCACAUCAGGCGCAUCAGCGAAGCGCCAUACUGUCUGUCUACCUGUGCGCUGUGUGCCCUUCGACAGCAAUGCCACUGCCACUGCCGCUGCCACUGCUGCACGGGACGCAACAGCAGCGGUGGCAUCUUCUCAGCAGCUUCUGCCCCUUCCUCCGUCCCCACUGUACGCACCAAUCAGCGCCUGCCAGCUGGCGGAGCAGCAGCUAUCAGCGUCACUGGGCCUCUCAGACCCGACCCUCCACCAGUUCGUCUCCCCUCCGCCUGUACCCGCCUCGUCAGCCAGCGGGCCAGCAGGAGCAACCGCUUCUGCACCUGCUACAGCCGCAACAGCCGUGACAGCCAGUGCGUUUGCUGAUAUGGGCAGCAGGGCGAACCUGGUGUCGGCCUUGGGCGUCGUUCCCUUCCUUGAGCUCUCCCCUGUCCUCUGUGCCGCACCCAGCAGUUCCCCUGCAGGGGAAGGAGACGGCGGCUCACUGACAGCAGGAGGACCAGGAGGAGGAGCAGGAGCAGGAGCAGGAGCAGGAGGGACAGGAGGGGCAGGUGGUGCAGUGAGUUGGAGCGCUGUAACUGACACUGCCGUACCUGCAGCAGUGAGCGCACCAGGGUUUGCAGCUGCAGUGUCUGCAGCAACACCCACAGGAACGCCCACAGGAAUGCCCGGAAUGCCCACGGGAAUGCCUAUUGCAGGGUCUGCAGGUGCAGGUGCAGCAUGUGGGGAGCGAGGCAGCUUGGGAGGCAAUCCGCCUCUCCUUUCACCCAGCGUGGUUCGUUCCCUGGCCUCCGUAAGACCAGGUUCAGCCGGGCCAGGUUCGGGCAGGCUGAACGCGGGCAGCCAAGGAACCCGGCAGCCAAUGGAGGAGCGCCAGCUGGCGGCGGUGUUGGGAGAGCUUGCCAGCUGUCUGGAGCUGAUUCGCGGGCGAGUGGGUAGGCUGGUCAUGCUGGCGCUGCCCGCGUGUCUCCUCUCGCCCUCCCUGCAGCCUGCUGAUGCCUUUGCACACGUGGCAAAGUUUUUGGAGUUCGGGCAGCUGGCGCCGGGCAGCUCGGGCAGCGUGAACAGGUUGCGGUCGGCUGCCCGGGAAUUUGUUUCCCAGCAGAACACGGAGCAGAGGGUGUUUGCAGUGAAGCUUCAAGCUGCCCUCGGGAAUUUGAGAGACGCAGCAGGAGGGAAGUGGGGGGGUGUUCUUGAGAUAGUGGAGCUGCUUGUAACGAAGGAUGAUUUCUCUGUGGAUCUCCUCUCGCUGCAUAUUGGCGGGAAAGGCGUUGCUGACGUGGACGGCGUUGCCGACGUGGCUGUGGGGGACACUCGGGGGUCUGGGAGGUGGGUGCGGCAGGGUGGGGGAGGGGGAGGCGGUUUAGGGUUUGGCAGCGGGAGGAGAGGAGGGAUGGGGAAAUGGGGAACAGGGGCAGGGGCAGGGGCGGAAGGGGACUUUCUUGGAAGGUUCUGCAGGCGAGAGGUGCAGUUUCGGUGGGCUAGGCGGACAGUAGUCGCUGUUUUAUUGGACGGGGAGGGGGAGGAGGAGAGGGAAGGGGGAGGAGAAGGAGGCGCAGGAGGGGGUAGGGGCGGAGGCAGUGUGUUGGGGGGAAGGUGGCGGGGGUGGUGGCUGCACGGGAGCGCAUCAGAAGAAGACAAGUCCUUUCCAGCUAAUGGGGACUCUGAUGGGCCCGAAAGCGAGGGAGAAGGGGAGGAGAGUAGCGAUGAGGAGAUGGAGGGAGGGGAGGACGGGGGUGGACUGGAAGGCAGGGGAGGAAGCGGGGGAGCGGUGGGGGGGUGGCGGUGUGCGAGUGUGAGUGGGGAGGGGCUGCUGUGUGAAGUGAUGAGUGAAGCCGUGCGCCUGCGGUGGGGGCGCGACCCCUGGCAGACUGAAGGGCGCGUAGGAGGGGGAGACGUUGGGGGAGGGCAGGGCGGGGCGGGGGCAAUGGGGAUGGGAGCGCCGAGCUUCCUCCAUCGUGCCGUGCACAUGGGGCUGCGGCUGUUGGAGCAGAGCCAGUACCACAUGGUGAAGCUCCUCUUGGACUGUGUCGAUCGCGACGCACACUUCUCCAACAACCCCUUAGCCCUUCCCCGAACCAACGCUUCUGGUUCGGCCGAACCUGAAGCUUCGGCAGCACGCUACUUCCUUCUCGGCUUUGCCCUGGUUGCCUGCGCACACGUCCCUGCUGACCUCCCCACUUGGUUUCAACUAAGCGCCGCCAUAGGCGGCAGCAUUAGCCAGCUAAGUGCUGGUGGGAGCAGCAAGGGGCAGGGUGUGUUCUUAGCAGCAGGGGAGGGCAGAGGGCGUGAGGCAGCUGCAAGGGAGGCCAUGCGGGCAGCACUGGUGGAUCGGGCACGCUACAGCGAGGGGCCCUCCGCCGCCCGCUUCGCCCUCGCCGCCAUCCACGAGACCGACGCCGCCUUCCCGGAAGCUUCCCACGGCGAACGCGACGAGGAGCGGCACUCGCAAGCAGCGGCAGUGGCAGCAGAGGAAGCGGGAGCAGAGGGAGCGGGAGCGGGGGCAGGUGGGGAGGUGGUGAGGGGGGUGAAGGGGCGGCUGUGGGCGAAUGUGUUUGAGUAUGCGGUGCAGGGCGGGCAGUAUGAUGAGGCGUUCUGUGCUCUCGCCUCCAACCCCGACCCGCUCACCCGCAGCAUCUGCCUUCGCCAGUUUGUUGCCGUGCUCUGUGACACCGCCAGCUCUGCUGUAGCUGCCGCCGCUACAGCCGCCGCUACAGCCGCCGGUAGAACCGCCGCAGUGCAAUCAGGACCAUCGGCAGCAUCGGGUGCAGCGGAAGCAGCAGCAGCGGCAGAGGCAGAGAGGGCAGGGAGGGCGUUGUCAACUCUCUGUGGCCUCGAUCUGCCUUAUGCUGCUGCUGACCUGCACGUACAGGUGGAGCAGGAGCUGAUGUGGCUCGCUGAGAACUCUGACCCUAGUCCUGGGAGGGUGUUCAGUCCGGUGGUGAAGGGAAGUCCGGGGAUGACGCUGGGUGCAGAGAGAAUCCCCGAGGUGAAGCUGAGUGCAGUGCGGUUGAGAGAGAUGAGCCUGGCUGUGGCUAUCCAGCCGGUGGGGCUGGAGGAUCUGCGGAGGGAGCAUGCGCUGGUGGCCGCCCAAUCACUGCUCGCCACAUGUCCUGGGACCACGGCAGCGCUGCUGGCGUCAGACGCCCCACCACAGCACAUCAUAUCAGCCUGCGCCCACAAUGCCCUCUUCCCCCAAGCUCUCCACCUCGCCACUCUCUUCUUCUCGGGCAGCCAGCGGGCAGCUGAACUUUCCGCAAUUCUUUCAGCAGCUGCCCGACGCUGCUGCAUGACCCAGCUCGGGCUGUCUCUUGCAGCUGCCCGGGAUCCUGCAGCUUCUGCUGCCACGUCAGCUGCUUCCAGUGCCACUGCUGGUGACGUGGCAAGCUCCCCGGUGCUGAUGUGGCAGCAGAUGCAGGUUUGGACUGAGACAUACGUUCGGCACCAUCCGAACCUCCGUGAGGUUGUAGCCCGAGCCAUAUUAGGCACCAACCCUGCUCUCCCCUUACCUCCAUGGCUCAUCCGUCUCUUCCUGGAAGGUUCCUCCUCCCUCUCCCCAAUUCCCCCCUCCUCCUCAACUCCCCUUCCCUUCGCCUCCGCCCCCUCCUCUCUCUCAUCGCCCUCCUUCCUCGCACCGCUCUCCACCCCUUUCAACCCAUCUAUCGCCCCUCCCAUCGUUCCGGACCCCUCAUCACUCCUGCGAGUCUACCUGGACUUCAAUCAUCUCAUCCAAGCGUCCCGAUUGGCUCUCUCCAUGCUCCGCGCGUGGAGAGCCGUCCGAUCGGCCGAUCCGCGCACGGCGAAGCAACGGAUGGGCGCCACGUGGCAGCCACACGCCCUGCUGGACCGGCUGAGGCUACAGCUGGCAGCCGCUGCUGCUGCUGCUGUGGGCGAGCUCGGGGGGGAGCAAGGGAGGGGGGCGAGUGGCAGAGGAUGUGGGGGUGGUAGAGAAGGGGUGAGUGUGAGUGUGAGUGGGAGUGAGUAUGAGGUUGUGUGUGCGAUGCGGGAGGAGGUGGAGGCGGCAGUGAGGGCGUAUCUGGGGCAGGUAGAUCUGGAUGGGGAGGACUUCAGGCAGGUGGCAACUGGAGGGGCAGGGUGCGCUGGUAAGGGGUCAAGGGCAGUGGGGUUGGGAGCAGAGGGAGAAGGGGGAGCAGUAGCCGGGGCAGCAGGGGCAGCAGGGGCAGCAGGGGCAGCGGGGGCAGCGGGGGCAGCAGGAGCAGCAGGGGCAGGAGGCAGAGUGCAAACAGCAGCAUUCGGAGCAACGCCAACUAUGGGGUCAGCUCCUUUUGGGUCAGCACCAGCAUUUGGCUCAGCAGCAGCUUUUGGAGCUAAAUUAGCACAAGCAGGAGCAGCUUCAGGCACACAGGCAGGGGGAGGAGGAGGAGUAGCAGAAGGUGCAGGCACGGGAGCAGCAGCGGGGAGUGUGUUUGGGAGGCUGGGAGCGGGGUUUGGAUCGCCUCAUGCUUCCCCACCUCCUGCUGCCCCCUCGGCUGCUUCACCUUAUGCUGCCCCUGCUGCUGCCCCGUCUGCUGCCCCUCUAUUUGGUGGGGCAGCCAAUACUUUUGGUGGGGCAGGCAGUACUUUUGGUGGGGCAGGCAAUACUUUUGGUGGGGCAGGCAAUACUUUUGGUGGGACAGGCAACUCUUUUGGUGUAAGAGAUGCUGGUGAGAAAAACACAGGAGCAAUCGAUGGUGGGGGGAAGGCUGCUGGUGCUGCUGGUGGUGCUGCUGCGGCUGUGGGGCUUGGGUCGAGUGGAGGAGGUCUUGGGUUAAGAAGUGGGGGGUUUGGGGGAGGGGCAGGAAAAACUGAGGGGGCAAGUGGGGGAGGGGGACAAGGAACAGGGUUUGGUGGGUUUGGAGUGACCACAGGAGGAGAUUUUACAGCAGGAGGAUUUGGGGCAGGCAGCGCCGGUUUUGGGGCAGGCACCAGUGGGAUUGGGGUCGGUACUGGUGGUUUUGGGGCAGGUGGUGGUGGUUUCGGGGCAGGUGGUGGUGGUUUCGGGGCAGGUGGUGGUGGUUUCGGGGCAGGUGGUGGUGGUUUCGGGGCAGGUAUCGGUAGUAGUGGGUUUGGGGCAGGUGGUGGUGGUUUUGGUGCGGGUAGUAGUGGGUUUGGGGCAGGUGGUGGUGGUUUUGGUGCGGGUAGUAGUGGGUUUGGGGCAGGUGGUGGUGGGUUUGGGGCAGGUGGUGGUGGGUUUGGGGCAGGUGGUGGUGGCUUUGGGGGAGGCUCUGUGGGGUUGGGCACAGCUGCUGGCGGCAGUUCAAGUGGGUUUGCUGGUGCGUUUGGAAGCACAGUGCACAAGUGA